UUUUCCCUCAUUCUAAUUUCGCUUUCUGCUGACACCAGGUGAAGGGAGUCCCACACGUAACAGAAUGAGGAAGAUUGAUUUGCUAAUGUUGGGUCUGCUAUCAAUAGUUCUGCUAACUGGUUUCACCAGUGCAAAAGAUGGCUGUGAAGGGAGUCCCACACGUAACAGAAUGAGGAAGAUUGAUUUGCUAAUGUUGGGUCUGCUAUCAAUAGUUCUGCUAACUGGUUUCACCAGUGCAAAAGAUGGCUUCAAAUGCUAUAAAAAAAAAUACCCGGGUAAAACGUGCAGAACACCCCAAACCCGCUACUACUACGAUUUAGCUGAAAACCUGUGCCAUACGUUCAAGUGGGGCGGUUGCGCAGAUCCUGAUAAUGCCAAGUCCGUGAAUCGUUUUCUGACUAAGGAAGAGUGUGAGAAGCAGUGUAAAAUGUAUCAAGCGCAUGAAGUCAGUAUUUAAAUAAACCAAUCCAAUCAGUGCUACGAUGCAAAGAUUAAUUUGUGUUAAGCCUAGUUUCCUGAUAUCGUUGCUUCAAUCUGGAAUUUUUCGAAUUUUCCAACAAAAAUAAUACAAAAAUAACACUAAAUUUACUAAAUGAAACCAUAAUUUGUAAAUGCAAGCUUAAGAGUUAUUCAAUUAAUAAAUAACAAUAUUACUAA